AUGACUCGUCACGUAUCCGCUGUCAGCGCCAGCGUCUGGCUAGCUGUCAUCGUCUGUUUCGUCUUCUGCUGGUCCUUCAGCAACGCCAGCAUGCACAGGGAGGACGCCGAGAGGAAUUCAUGGGCGGACGAUGUGCAGAACGUCCAGAGCGACCCCUACGUCAGCGAGCUGGUCAGCCGGCUACGCACGCUCGACGAUGCAGAAGAGACUAACCUCGCCCACAAGCGCGGGCUGGACUUCGGCCUGGGCCGUGGCUUCUCGGCCACGCAAGCGGCCAAGCUCAAGAUGGGCCUGGCGGCGGCGGCCUUCCCGGGCGGACCCGGCCGCCGGCGACGCUCCGUCGAGUAG